AUGGAUCAUUCCACAUUCUUUGUUCCAAACUUUGAAUGCCAUUCUGAGUGUUGUUCACACACAGUAUCUCAUAACCAAUCCCUUCCCUUCAAUGAAAAUGACUCGCAGGAAAUGCUUCUUUACGAAGUUCUGGCAGAGGCUGGUGAAGCAACAGCAGCAACCAAUUCAAGAGUUGAAGCAGAGGUAGUUUCUUCUUACAGAGGGGUUCGAAGGAGGCCAUGGGGGAAGUACGCUGCAGAGAUAAGAGACUCUACGAGGAACGGUGUGAGGGUUUGGUUAGGAACCUUUGACACUGCUGAGGCUGCUGCUUUGGCUUACGACCAGGCUGCAUUAGCAAUGCGUGGCUCAAUGGCUGUUUUGAAUUUCCCUGCUGAGAUGGUUCAUCAAUCUCUUCAAAACAUGGACUAUGAUUUCCAACAAGGGUGCUCUCCGGUUUUGGAAUUAAAGAAGAGACACUCCAUGAAGAGGAAAUCGGAGAGUAAGAAGAUGAAAAAGAAUCAUGAAGAAAAUAUGGUCGUGUUGGAGGAUUUAGGGGCAGAGUAUUUGGAAGAGCUUCUUACUUUGUCCCAAGAUGCUUGA